AGGUAAUGUAAGCAUUUCAGUUACACACAAGAGAGGAAACAGACAUGUCAGCUCUUUGUCCACCACCGUCUCCUGCAGUUGCUAAAACAGAAAUCUCUUUGAAUGGCGAGUCACCUUUAUUAGCUGCAACUUUUGCUUACUGGGACAAUAUUCUUGGCCCCCGAGUGCGGCAUAUCUGGGCCCCAAAGACAGAACAGGUACUUCUCAGUGAUGGUGAAAUAACUUUUCUUGCUAACCACACCUUGAACGGAGAAAUACUUCGGAAUGCAGAAAGCGGUGCAAUAGAUGUGAAGUUCUUCGUCUUGGCAGAAAAAAGGGUAAUCAUUGUGUCAUUAAUCUUUGAUGGAAACUGGAAUGGGGACAGAAGCACAUAUGGUCUAUCAAUUAUACUUCCACAAAGUGAACUGGGCUUCUACCUACCGCUUCACAGAGUGUGCGUGGAUAGGUUAACGCAUAUUAUAAGGAAAGGAAGAAUAUGGAUGCAUAAGGAGAGGCAAGAACAUUUCCAGAAGAUUGUCUUGGAAGGCACGGAGAGAAUGGAGGAUCAGGGCCAGAGCAUCAUUCCAAUGCUGACAGGAGAAGUCAUUCCUGUAAUGGAACUCCUUUCAUCUAUGAAAUCACACAGUGUUCCGGAAGACAUAGAUAUAAGUGACACAGUGCUAAAUGAUGAUGACAUUGGGGAUAGUUGCCAUGAAGGCUUUCUCCUCAAUGCAAUUAGUUCACACCUGCAGACCUGUGGUUGUUCUGUAGUUGUAGGAAGCAGCGCAGAAAAAGUUAAUAAGAUUGUGAGAACAUUGUGUCUGUUUCUUAAGCCUUCAGAGCGUAAGUGUUCCAGGCUCUGUAGAAAUGAGUCUUCUUUCAAAUACGAGUCGGGACUUUUUGUUCAAGGCUUACUCAAAGAUGCAACAGGAAGCUUUGUGUUGCCCUUCCGUCAAGUAAUGUAUGCCCCAUAUCCUACUACACAUAUAGAUGUAGAUGUCAAUACAGUGAAGCAAAUGCCCCCUUGUCAUGAACACAUCUAUAACCAACGACGAUAUAUGAGAUCUGAGCUGACAGCAUUUUGGAGAGCUAAUUCAGAUGAAGAAAUGUCUCAGGAUCAUAUUAUACACACAGAUGAGAGUUUCACACCUGAUUUAAAUGUCUUUCAAGAUAUCCUUCAUCGAGAUACAUUAGUAAAAGCCUUCCUGGACCAGAUCUUUCAUCUGAAGCCUGGCUUGUCUCUAAGGAGUACUUUCCUUGCACAAUUUCUGCUAGUCCUUCACAGAAAAGCCUUAACUUUAAUAAAAUACAUAGAGGAUGACACGCAAAAAGGGAAAAAACCUUUUAAGUCUCUUCGCAGCUUAAAGAUAGAUCUUGACUUAACAGCAGAGGGCGAUCUUAACAUAAUAAUGGCUUUGGCUGAGAAGAUUAAACCAGGUCUACAUUCCUUUAUCUUUGGGAGGCCGUUCUACACUAGCAUGCAAGAACGUGAUAUGCUCAUGACGUUUUAA